GGACGGUGGCCAGUCCUCCCACUAGGAAUAUACGAAUUAUUCAGGGACCUGUCUGCAAAUUACUCCAGCUCAUCGUCUCCGCCGCCGUCGCCGACCUACUCCCCACCGGCGCGGCGAUGUGCAUCGCGGCGUGGGCAUGGCAGUCCCAACCUGCGCACCGCCUGCUCCUCCUCUUCAACCGCGACGAGUACCACUCGAGGCCGACGCAACCGGCGGGGUGGUGGGCCGCCGGGAAGGCGGAGGUAAAGUUGAUCCUUGGGGGUAGGGAUGAGCUCGGCGGCGGCACGUGGCUGGGGUGCACGAGGGACGGGAAGCUGGCCUUCCUGACCAACGUCCGGGAGCCCGGCACGCUGGUCGGACCCAACGUCAGAGGGGAGCUCCCCGUCAGGUUCCUCCAGGGAAACCAAUGUCCGUUGGAGUAUGCGGAAGAAAUAGCCAAGGAAGCAGAUCAGUACAAUGGCUUUAACCUUGUAUUGGCUGAUGUGCAGUCGGGAAAUAUGGCUUACAUAUCUAAUAGACCUGAGGGUGAUCCAGUGGUUCAGAAAGUUCUCCCUGGGUUCCAUGUGCUUUCCAAUGCUGCAAUUGACUGCCCUUGGCCUAAGAUGUUGCGCUUAGGACAAAGUUUCAACAGAUUUCUUGCAACACAGGAUGGUGCGGAAGUCUCUUUACAACAGAUGGUUGAAGAGUUGAUGAUGGAUCCUGUCAAGGCUGAUAAAUCUGCAGUGCCAGAUACUGGUGUCGACCCUGACUGGGAAUACCAGCUAAGCUCUAUAUUCAUUGACACUGAGAAAGGACAGGCACGAUAUGGAACACGAAGCAUGACUGCUCUUGCUGUGAAGUUCAACGGCGAAGUAACUUUCUAUGAAAGGUACUUGGAGAGCAAUCUAUGGAAGGAGAAUCUCAUGCAAUUUGAGUUGGAGAUGUCACAGUGGGAGGAUCUGAGAGGAACUUCAAAUAUUUCUCCAAAGAGUUGCUGACUGAUGAAAGUUCUUUGCUUGGCCUUAUUGUUUGACAUGAGUAAAUCUUGUAAAUACUGAAAACGCAACAGCAGAAUGUGUGCAGUCUGCAGAGUCUCAAACCUACAAGAGCAAGAGUACAUCCAGUGCGGUGAAUAGCAAUUACCUUUGUGCAGACAUAGGACAAUACCAAUACAAAAAAUGUAACACCAGGAGUUCUAAUAUAAUUUUUGAGGAAUAAAGUGAUUCUUUGCUCUCACUGAAGAGCUGUUGAAAUUGUACAGCCACAUGUACUCUUUUUUUUUUCAGGAGAUUGAAUUAUCACCUUUAAAGAAAUAUACUAUUACUCUUUUCCCCAUUCUUUGAA